GCCAAAUACUAUGCAAACUUCCCCAAACUCCAAAAAAAACCAUUAACACUUACAAGUUACAACAAUGAAACCUAAUUUCACAAACAACAUCUUCCUUCGUCUUCUCUCCUUCUGCAUCUUCCUCUUCAUUCUACGCUUCACCUACAUCAUCUCCAUUAAUGGCGUUUUCUGCAACAACAACAACAACAAUCUUUCUUCCUCAAAUUUCUGCUUCUUCUCAAAAAUUCCAUCAUCUUCACAACUUCCUUCCCAUGUUGAUUUCAAUGUUCUUCCCAACUUUCGUUCUUCUCUCGAGUACGAAUUUUACUCAUCCAUUUUCCAAGAUUUCAUCUCACAUGGCUUUCUCUCUCCUAAUUCUUCCUCUUUCUCUCUCUCCAAAUCACACAUUAUUGUUCUUAAAGACCUUGGAAUUCACCAAUCUUUUUCUCUCUCCUCUGAAAUUUCUAAUUUUCACCUCCCAUUUUCUAAUCAUUCUUUUGAUUUUGAGUUCUUUCAUAAUUUUGAUUUUAACUCUUCAAUUCCUCUUCUGGGUUUUUCAUUAGAGAUUGAAAGAACCCUAAAACCAUCUGGGAUUCUUGUGAUUCACACAGAAAUCAAAGAUUUGUACGCAUUUUAUUCAAUUCUUGAACUUUUUGAUUUUUGCGAUUUUAUCAAAGUUCAUGAUAUUCCUGGUUUUAGUCCUUCAAUUCCUUCAAUUCGUGAGAUAAUUUUGAAGAAAUCAACUAACCCAAUUCAUAAAAUUGACAGAAAAUCUCAACAAUGCUCUGUUUCUGAGUAUAAGAUGCAAUUAAUCAAGAAUUUAGAGCCUUUGAUAGAAAAAGAACCUUUGAAACCUUGGAUAACAUUGAAAAUAAAUAUAAGGAAUGUAAAGUAUUUGACAUCAAUGGUUGAUAUACGUUUUAAGGCUAGAUAUGUUUACGUCGACGUCGGAGCUCGAAGCUAUGGCUCAAGCAUUGGUAGUUGGUUUAACAAAAGGUUUCCAAAACAGCACAAAAGAUUUGAGAUAUAUGCAAUUGAGGCUGAUAAAGUUUUCCAUGGCGAUUUUCGGGCGAAAAAAGGUGUAACACUUUUGCCUUAUGCUGCUUGGGUAAGGAAUGAGACAUUGUUCUUUGAGAUUGGUAGAGAACCUACAAAAAAGAUUGAAGAAAACAGGGGAAACAGGGGAAUGGGGAGGAUUCAACCUGUUCAAUCAUCAGUAAAUUUUGUUGGAAAUGUUGAUAAAAUUAGAGGGUUUGAUUUUGCAGAAUGGUUAAAGAGUGAAUUUGAAGAAAGGGAUUUUGUUGUAGUGAAAAUGGAUGUUGAAGGUACAGAAUUUCAUUUGAUUCCUAGGUUGAUUGAAACAGGUGCAUUAUGUUUGAUUGAUGAGAUUUUUUUGGAAUGUCAUUAUAAUAGAUGGCAAAAAUGUUGUCCUGGUGUUAGAAGUCCUAAAUAUGAUAAGACUUAUGAUGAAUGUCUUAAUCUUUUAUCUUCUUUAAGAGAAAGAGGAGUUGUUGUUCAUCAAUGGUGGUAG